AUAAUUCAUCAUGACGGUUAGAUAUAAUUCAAUGGCGAUUACGUUGCCACGUGUAAAAUAUUGAUAUUCAUCGUCCAAUCAACGGCCGAGUUUUGGUUACGUUAUAGCCAAUUAGACUUCACCUACAUAUUAGCCUUCUCUCUCUACAGCCAGCAUUCUCGCACAAACCAACUUCAGCGACAACCUCUGACGAUCGGAUAAAAUGGCGGAGAAGAGCUUCAAAUACAUCAUCCUCGGCGGCGGAGUCUCGGCCGGAUACGCAGCUAAGGAGUUUGCUAAUCAAGGGGUUAAGCCAGGAGAAUUGGCUGUUAUCUCCAAAGAGGCCGUGGCUCCAUAUGAACGCCCUGCACUUAGCAAGGGGUAUCUGUUUCCUGAAGGUAAGAACUUGAAAUUUGCCUUUGGCGUAUGCUUCUUGUUUCGAGAAGGCAUUAUCAUCUUUACUUCUAUUGCAGGGGCUGCUAGACUUCCAGGUUUCCAUUGCUGUGUUGGCAGCGGUGGAGAAAAACUGCUUCCUGAAUCCUACAAACAGAAAGGGAUUGAGUUGAUACUGAGCACAGAAAUAGUGAAAGCAGAUCUCGCUGCCAAGACUCUUGUCAGUGCAGCUGGGGAUGUCUUCAAAUACGAGACUCUCAUAAUUGCAACUGGCUCUACUGUUCUCAGAUUGACUGAUUUUGGAGUAAAAGGUGCAGACUCUACGAACAUCCUCUAUCUGAGAGAGAUUGAUGAUGCCGACAAAGUGGUUGAAGCAAUUAAAGCAAAGAAAGGCGGGAAGGCUGUAGUUGUUGGUGGAGGUUACAUUGGUCUUGAGCUUAGUUCAGCUUUGAGGAUCAACGAUUUUGAUGUCACUAUGGUUUUCCCUGAACCUUGGUGCAUGCCCAGGCUUUUCACCGCUGAUAUUGCUGCUUUCUAUGAGACAUACUACACAAACAAGGGAGUGAAGAUCAUUAAGGGAACGGUGGCAUCUGGUUUCACCGCUCAUCCAAAUGGAGAGGUGAAUGAAGUACAACUCAAGGAUGGGAGGUCACUAGAAGCCGACAUUGUGAUAGUCGGAGUUGGUGCGAAACCAUUGACAUCCUUAUUCAAGGGACAGGUGGAGGAAGACAAAGGUGGAAUUAAGACCGAUGCCUUCUUCAAAACAAGUGUCCCUGAUGUUUACGCUGUUGGUGACGUUGCUACUUUCCCCUUGAAAAUGUAUGGAGACAUGAGAAGGGUCGAGCAUGUUGACCAUUCUCGCAAAUCCGCAGAGCAAGCUGUUAAGGCGAUCAAAGCGGCUGAGGGAGGCGGAACGGUGGAGGAAUACGACUAUCUCCCAUUCUUCUACUCGCGCUCCUUUGAUCUCUCAUGGCAGUUCUAUGGAGACAACGUAGGAGACUCUGUCUUAUUUGGAGACAGCAAUCCAUCAAACCCAAAACCAAGAUUUGGAGCGUACUGGAUCCAAGAUGGUAAAGUGGUUGGAGCAUUCAUGGAAGGAGGUUGUGGUGACGAGAACAAAGCCUUGGCUAAAGUCGCCAAAGCUCGACCUGUUGCAGAGAGCCUUGACGAGCUGGCCAAACAAGGCAUCUCCUUCGCUGCUAAGAUUUGAGGAGAAAGAUGGAAGUGAGAGUCUUUUUUUUUUCUGUGUCAUGUUUGUACGUACAUUUGCUGAAAUAAGUUGUGUGUAUUGUGAUGCCUCUUUUAAGAUCCGUUAAGAGUCUAUGGCAGAGGAAACAUGAACCGCAUUCACAUUUUAGAUUUAUGAAUUGGUUUUUCUGCA